AUGGAACACUCGUCAAGAGACGCACUUCACUCGACCGCGGACACCGAGACACUGAACCGUAGUCCUUGCCCUCGAAAACUCAGGUACCAGCUAAGGCCCGUUUACAACGUAAACAAAGAGGCUUGUUUGCCAUCGACAUUAUUCCUCGCCUGGAUAAACACACGCCUCGGCUGUUCCUCUUUCGACGAUUGUUACGGUAGCAGAAGAAGCGGGAGGAUUGAAACGACCACGAGAACAUUGAUCCGGACAAAUUUAGCAGGACGCCACGGAAGAGGACGACGACCAGAGAAAGACUCCAGCACCACUGGUUGCAGCAUUAACAUCAUCAUCGUCAUCGACCUCUUCGUCGCCACCACCACUACUCGCCGGCAGGGCUGGCAAAGUUAAAUCGGCCCUUCGAAA